AUGUCACAACGUCUUGUCACAUCAAAAUGCCCUUACAGAUGUUCCAGAAAAAUUUAUGGAGCUCUGGAUUUAAUAGAGAACAGCAGGAAGAAGCAUUCACAAGGUAACCAUCGAUAUAGCGUGAAGAAAAGCCACGGGAAGAAAUGUGGUGCUUCCAAGAGAUCAGAUACUCAUACUGUGAAUGAUGUCUCGAGAACGGCUGAAGUAGAUGAACGAGAAAAGACGAAAUUAUCACAAUUGCUUACAGUUUAUGGUGAACAAAACAGUCCAGCUUAUAGGCAAGGGUUUGAUAUCAAGAACUACAGACCAUAUCGACCGCAUUUUCCCGAAUUGAGUCACUUGACAACCCCAGCAAUGGCCAGAGAUUCUGUGUUGCGUACUUCAUCGCCGCUGAGUGUCCUUCAAGAUAGACCACCUUCACUGUCAAAAACACAAACAUUUACAUUGCCUGAUAUUAACAAAAAACCAUUAGUUUAA